UCUAUCUUUUUCUUCAUUUAACCCCCUCUUCUUUCUUCUAUUUCGGAUCCACUCCUUUCUCUCUCUCGCUCUCUGUGUUGCGCGGCAAUGGCGGCUGCCAUUGAGGGUGUUGGAGCUGCUUGGGAUUUGCUUCUUGUUUGUGUUGGUGUUUGAAGCUGGUUUCUUUGACUUAGAUCGGAGAUGCAUAGUACUGCGGUGGCGGGAUGGAGGUCGGCGGCGUUCACGGCGUCGCAGUGGGUGGAGCUUGAGCAUCAGGCAUUGAUCUACAAGUACCUCAUGGCUGGAGUCCCUGUUCCCCCUGAUCUCCUCCUGCCUAUCCGCCGGAGCUUCUUCCAUUUCUCUGCUUUGGGUUAUCCAUCCUGUUAUGGAAUGAAGCUGGACCCGGAACCAGGCCGGUGCCGGAGAACCGAUGGUAAGAAGUGGAGGUGUUCCAAGGACGCUCAUCCGGACUCCAAAUACUGCGAACGCCACAUGCAUCGCAGCCGUAAUCGUUCAAGAAAGCCUGUGGAAACGCAAGCCAUCUCCAAGUCACAGUCAUCUUCAUCGACUGUGACAUCCCUGUCUCCCACUGUGAGUGCCGGGAAUGGUCGUGGCUCUGGAAGCUUUCAGAGCUUCCCUUUGCACUCUGUCUCAGGUCGAAAUAAUCCCCAGACUUCACGAAUGGAGUCUAAUGCCCCUUUACUACACAUGGACAGUGCCUCUUUUGGGUUCGAUGAUAAAGAGUUCAGGUAUGUGCAUGGAGGAAAGAGCGACGCAAAUGUGGAUGGACAUAAUGUGUUAACAGGAGAAUCAGCCAGUGACAAAGGCCUUUUAGGAGGGGAGCUGGACAGGUGGUGGAGCUCAUUUCCCUCAUCAAAAUCAAGUUACCAUCCUGAGUUGCAGCUGCAGGCGGCAAAUAACCUCGGGCAAACAGACAUAAUGAGUUCAUUGACAAUGCAGCAGCAUUCAUUGUUAGGAAGUGAGUACGCCGGGUAUGGAUCAAUAUCAUCAGAGCAGGAGAAACAUGAAAGCGGCCAGCAGGUCCUUCGACCAUUAUUCGAUGAGUGGCCAAAGACGAGGGACCAUCACCCGUGGUCUUUAGGUUUCAGCGGAGAUGAUCAUUCUAAUCGGACAACAUCAUCCUUCUCCGCCACACAACUAUCUAUGUCAAUCCCGAUGCCGUCUGCGGACUUCUCUACCACCGCAUGUUCAAGCUCACCCAAUGCCUAAGGCCGAAUUGGUAAAAGGUGAUAUGCUCUGGCCUUGUUACUUUUUUAGUGGUAUCAAUGUGAUAUAUAGUCUUGUAAGCACAAAUGUGAUCGGCAGGGCCUUUCUUUGUGUUUAACCUCUCAUUGAUGCUGAUGAUUAGCAACUGUGUCUUUACAUGAUCUGUGGCAUGCCUUACUCUGAACUGAAUUUGUAAUAACUUAAGAUACAUUAGCCUCUUUCAUGAAUGUUUCUGUUUAAGCUUUA